UUGGUAUCGCUCCUAUGCGAUGUAAUCUGGCUGAUGUCCAGUGCUGAACACUUAGUCAUUACAGUAGCAGAUAACCCGUACAACGAACACAACCAUACAGCUAACAACGAAUUUGUACAAAGUUGUCCAGCGAACCCACCCUGCACUUACAAAUCCAGAUGGAGUUAUUUAAGGUAUCUACUGUGGACGGCUUUUACAGGAAUAUUUAAUUGUGGACAUAUUGUUCUUGAGCAGCCAGUUGCCGAUCAAUGGCCCGUGAUUAAAGCGGGUGAACAAGACAACGAAUUAGUAACUGCUGCUGAUUGUGUGUGCGUUGGCAAUAACCAGCCUUUUUCUGGACAGGUCUUGGAGGAUACGAAAGUGACCAGUAUCCAUUUUGAGCCCAACGAGGAAAGCUUGACAGCUGAAUAUCACGGAACUAGUGAAGCCAGACCCAGCGAAAACCACUGUGUUCCUAGCAUCGCGGACAGUAAAGUAGCGCUCAUUUCGUCAAACAAUUCGCUAGACAGUUUCAACGAAACGCCGCUUGCAGACCUAGACGUACCGUUUGAUUUUGACGCCGACAACCUACUUGUAAAUGGUCCGUGUAGGGACUCGCAUAUAACAUGCCAGCCUGCAUUCACCCUACUGAGUACUUAUUACGCUGAUGCAAACAAUGGACUCAUUGACGAACUGACUCGAGACGUUCUAAUCAAAGAUCUACUGCAAUCCGUGAUUCCACGCAAUUUGUCAGAUUCAAGUGAAGUUUCCAUAACCCCAGAAACAAGAAAAAUGUAUGCAUGGGCAGAUCCGCCGACCAAUGAUUCCGAGCAGUCGGAUUCCUCCAAAAGACGGACUCAAUUUGAUUUAGAAUCCACUUCUUCCAACUCUGAGGAACGUCUACCGUAUCCAGGUAAACUGUCUAUGUCUGAUAAUUCAUUUUCUCCUUUGAGCCCGGCUACGGUGGAAUCGAAUACAGUUAUAGAUAACUGUGACAAAGCGCCAUCCUCUAAUGAAUAUGAUGAUCUGAAUCUUCCGGAUGUGGAUCGCCAUGACCACACAUUGGCAUGGGCGCUGGCUAAUAUACGAAUUGGUGAAGAUGAAGCAACAGAACGUGGCCUAUCUGCUACUCCACCCUUAUCUAUUUCUUUUAACAGACAAAGUCAAGAAAAGGGUCCAGUUUCCUCAGCCAACUCUUGUCGAUUGACUGACACUCAAAGUGUACCAUCCCAUAUGGAUUAUGAUGGGUUUAAAACUUUCCAGGACGACGUACCCAACAUCCCCAAACCCAAGAGAAGCAGUUCCUUGAAAUCACAACGCACUCCUCCGGGAACGCCCGGGCAGAAGGUGGUGCGCUUCGCCGAUGCUUUGGGACUGGACCUAGAAACUGUUCGGCAUGUGUUUGAUCAGGAAAACCCUCCCAAAAUUCCGGCUUCGGCCACUUUUGAUCUUGAACUUGAUACUGAUGAAUCUAUAGCAAAACUUGGUGCCAAACAAUUUCGAAUGUGUUUCUCGCAACCGGGUUCUGCGGCCAAUUUUAUUCGAAGGGUGCUCGAUCAAACUGUGUGUCUCGAAGAUGCCCACGUUGAAAUGCCCAGAGGCGUUUUGAACGGGACCAUACGUGUACGAAGCCUGGGUUUCGAAAAACGUGUUUUCGUUCGGGCCACCUAUAAUGAUUGGUCUACCUACUGUGACACAACUGCUUCCUAUGUCCAAGGUUCACAUGACGGCGCGACGGAUAGAUUCUCUUUCAGUUUAGUCUUCCCUGACACCAUGGUUCCAGGAAGACGAGCUCAAUUUGCCAUUCGAUAUGAUGCACACACCGGGGAGCAAUUUUGGGACAAUAAUUUCGGACAAAAUUACUCAGUCAUGUGUUACGCAAAAGCAACGGAUCUUGCCGGUGAUGGUUCUUGGGUGCACUAUUUGUGA